AUGAGUCAAAACAACCGGUCGGGCAAUAUGCAGUACAGUAAUGAUACCGAAGAGCCAUUGCUGGGCCAAGACCGUGCGAAGACGGGCGCAUCAUUGCUCGAAGAUACGGGUGAUUGCAACCACCUCCUGGAUUCGGGCGCGGGAAUGAUGGCCGUGGUUGUGGACAUACCCAACAGCAUCCUAGGCGCCAGGAUCAUCGGGCUGUGGUACGCACUGAUCAGGAACGCGGGUUUCGUAGGGACCAGGGUGCACUCCUGCAUCCUCGAACAAGGCAUUGCAAUUUGUUAUUUCUCUCAAGCGGAAGCUUACAUUUGCACCCUCAUCUGUACUUCGCUUGGUGGGCUGGGUCGGCGCCGGUGUACCAUCGCAGGCGAGCUGAUUCACGGCACUUCGCUUGGUGGGCUGGGUCGGCGCCGGUGUACCAUCGCAGGCGAGCUGAGUAACGGCACUUCGCUUGGUGGGCUGGGUCGGCGCCGGUGUACCAUCGCAGGCGAGCUGAGUAACGGCACUUCGCUUGGUGGGCUGGGUCGGCGCCGGUGUACCAUCGCAGGCGAGCUGAUUCACGGCACUUCGCUUGGUGGGCUGGGUCGGCGCCGGUGUACCAUCGCAGGCGAGCUGAUUCACGGCACUUCGCUUGGUGGGCUGGGUCGGCGCCGGUGUACCAUCGCAGGCGAGCUGAUUCACGGCACUUCGCCUCCUGUGUUCCGCAGCUCCAUGGUUGUUAUCAGACGGAGCGGUGGUCUGCAGUGGCAGUCAGGAAUCAGUGUAUGUACGGCCCACUUCUUCAAGCCAGAUGGUCGGGGACCGAGAAAAGAAAAGCUCACCGAGUCGGCGGCGCUGGCGCUCGCAAGAGCUAGGGAAGAUGGGGCGGCCGCCGCAUGUCCUGCAAGCGCUGAGACAACCAAGACGAAAGUAAACAAGGUCUUGCGGGCAGGCAUGUCGAUUUCGUUUGAGUUGGGUGAUAGUAGGUGGGCACGUCGCAAAACUGGAGAGGCUGGCUGA